AUGCCUAGUUCUCAUUCGCCGCAGCUAGGUGGCGACUUCAAAUGGCAGCUCGACCAGGCUCUCGGUUUGACUAACAGUUAUCUCAGCGAAUUAACCUACCGCCUGGAUCUAAACUCUGAAUUCGAUACUGACACAGCCCAACAGCAGCCACCAAGCAAAACACACCAUGAGCUUGGCCAUCUUGCCCUCCAAUUCUUUAACGUUCUCAGAGUGAUCCAAGACCUAGAUAAGGAUCUAUAUGAGAACAUCGUCCUUUGGAUAGAUUGCUUUAGCGCUGAUCUUGUGUUCAUUCACCAGCUCAAGUACUUGGGCGAGUGUACAGAAGAGUGCUCUUGUCCCCCAAAGCAAUGGGACAUUCAAAAAGUGCGCUUGUGGCUUCGAAGCGCCUUGUCUGAGUUCUACGAAGCAUCUCUGUCUAGCGAAGUUCGUGAAGAUGCUCAGCAGAAUGCAAUGGCCCAUUAUCUACUUGGAGUCGUUGAUGUUGAUACCUCUGUUGCCUGUGGACUUCAGGAAGGGUCCCAAGAACUUCAAAAUCCCGAUGGCUGUAUUUGUGAGCUUGAGGACACUAGCAUCCAACCUGAACCGAUUUAUGCAGACGCUAUUGUGUACUCACCCGGAUCUUACACUUCAGGCCAGAUCAAUGAGCACAUCUGCUGCGCUGCGCUCUUCUACUACGACAACGAGACCAUCACUGACAGCUAUAUCGACUUCCGAACUGUGGCAAAUGCAGAAAAGCUCGAUGAUGGACUCUUGUCCCACGAGCAGAAUGACUGGAAGACUAUCUAA